AUGGAUUUAUUGAUUUUAUUAUUCCAUUUAAAUAAAAUUGAAUCCAAUCUUAUUAUUAUGAAAUCAAAUAUGUCUUUCAAUAAUAACAUAUCGAUUAAUUUAUAUCACAAUAAUAAUCAUGAUAUAAAAAAUCAAUAUAUUAUUGAUUAUCAUCAUAAUCCUUAUAAUAAAUCAAAUAAUCAAAUAAUUCAUAAAAUUGAACGUCGAAGUCAUUCAAAACAAUCAGAACAACAACAACCACAUCAGCAACAACAACAAGAACAACAACAACACCAACAACCAAUUACAAAUUAUUAUGAACCUGAAGAAAUUUUAUCACCAGAUUAUACAUUACCAUAUCAAGAUAUAAAAUGUAUGGAAUUUAUUCAAUCUACUGAAAUUAAAUAUAUAAAAGAUUCAUCAUCCAUGUUAAAUGGAUUUUUUGGUAUGUCUAAUUUACCAAAACGUACAAUUGAAUAUAGUUUUCAAACACCAAAUUAUCCAGCACCAUAUCCAUUAAAUAUUGAAUGUAUUAAAGUGAUUGCUGCACCUACCGAUCAACAUCGUAUUGUGUUACAUUUUCGUGGAACAUUUGAAUUAGAACCGGAAUCACAUUGUACAACAGAUUUUUUAGAAAUAAGAGAUGGUGCUUUUGGAUUUACUACAUUAUUGGGAAGAUUUUGUUCAAAACAAGUGCCUGAUUUAGGCACUGGACUCAUAUCAACUGGUCAAUAUAUGUGGUUAAGAUUUCAUAGUGAUUCAACUAUUGCUCAUAGAGGAUUUCAAGCAGUUUAUCGGUUUAUUCAAACAGGUUCACAAAAGCCAACGGAUAGUGUUUCACAUGUACAGUUUCAAAUAAAUUUACAACCUGGACAAGCAUGGAAAUUAGAUCAACAGUAUCUAUUAAUGAAAAUGGAAAAAUUAUCACCGAAAAUCCAACAAUUACCAUUAGAAGUGGCCUUAGAUAUCAGAUCGACAAAUGGAACAUAUAUCAUGUUACAUAUUGAUCAUGUACAAGUUCCUCAAUCAGCAGCAUGGAGUUGUCAACCAGAAUCAACUUUUACAAAAUUAACAAGAAUUAAAUGCCUUACUGGUGAACCUAUUGUAUUUGGUUUAGAAAAAAAAAUGAAUGGAAAUGAUAUUACAGACUCAGGUUUAAAUAAAUUAUCAUUACAAGAUCCUUCAUCAAUUAUUGAUGGACAGCAUACAUUUUUCGAAGUAUAUCCAGGUAAAACUAUAUCACAAUUUGUUCCACCAUGUCCUAAAAUUAUCCGAUUCUGUGAUAAAACUUUAGGUAUAUUAAAAUUACCAAAAAAUCAUGGUUCUGAUAGAGAUUUUUAUAUACGUUAUCCACGUCUUAUUAUACGUAUGGUUAUUGCAUCACCAAAUUUAAAACCAGAUUUAUUGGAUACAAUUAAAACACGUCGUGAUUUAACAUACUUUAAUAAUAAUAAUAAUAAUGAUUCUAGAAAUUCCAGUAAUCAUAAUUCAUUGGAAGAAAACAAACUGAAAUAUUCAUCAACGAUCUUACAUCAUCAUCAUCAUCAUCGUCGUCGUCAUCGUUAUCUUCGUCAAACAGUAAACAUCAUGAAUAAAAUCGAUGAAAAAUUACAAGAAUAUAUGCCUAAAUUUGUUUUUAUAUUAACAAGUUUAAAACAAAAAUCAAUGGAUGGUAAACCAUGUGUCAAGGAUUGGGAAGCAUGUGAUUCAGAAGUUUGUAUACCAAAACAUUUAUGGUGUGAUGAUAUAAUUAAUUGUCCUCAGUGGCAAGAUGAAGGAGGUCACUGCACACGGUCGAGCUUACAUCCAAAUGUAUUAGGUCCUGACGGUCAAUUAAUACCAGAUACUAGUAAAAGUGUAUUUGAAUUAAGGAAGGAACAAGAGCAACUUGAAGCGGAAGCAGAACGUUUGGCUGCUCAAAAAUUACAUUUGUCUAUAUUGGCCACCUUAGGCUUAAUAUUGUUGAUUGUCACAUCCACAUGUAUAUUUAUGACUAUACGUCGUCGUCGACGUGAAACAGCACGACAAAUGAUCAAAUCUAAAGAAGAUGAACAAACGAUACAAUCAAGUAAAUUUGAUGAUAGACGUCUACAAAGAUUAAAUCAUGUUAUGUCUACUGGUGCACUACUAGAAGGAAAUAAUCAUUUGAAAAAGGAUUAUAAUAAUAAUAAUAAUAACUAUAAAAAGAAACCAAUAUUCACUUUGUCUAAUUCAAGUUUAACACAAGAGAUUCAAUAUUUAAAUAACGCUACUAAUAGUAAUAAUAAUAAUAAUAAUCAAUCAAUAAUGAUGCAUGAAUUGAAAUCUAUGAAAAAAUCUGGCAGUCGUAAUACUACAAUGAUUUGGAAUAGUACUGAUAGUAUUAAUGCACCGUUGCUAUGGCAACGUAAUGUUGAAAAUAUGAAAUCAUCAUCAUCACCAGGUCAAAUGAAUUCAAAUAAAGAUCUUAUUAAAUAUUCAUUCAUUAAAACUAAAGGUAACCAUAAUAAUAAUAAUACUAGCGGAAAGUUAUCAAAUAAAAAGUUUACUCCUAUUAAACAAUGUUCAACUGAGAAAGAACCUAUUGAAUGUGUUCAAUUUCAAAAGUUUAGUAAUAAUAAUACUACUACUAAUAAUAUUAAGAGUAGUAUUGUUAGUGUAAAUAAUUCAAUGAAUGAAUCAAUUAAUUUACCUAAUACAGCAAUGAAUUCAAUCAGGACAAUGACAAAUAUUUUACGUGAUAAAUCAACUCAACCAACAUCAUUAACACAUACUUAUGGAUCCUAUCCAAUUACAUCUUAUGAACAAACUGAUGUUUAUGAUAGGAAUAAGCAUAAUUUAAAUACAUUUGUACAAAAACGAACUAUUGAACAACAACAACAACAACAAGAACAAUCUAAAAGAAGUGGAAAUAAAACAGAAUCACAUUCUGUAUUGUCUAGUCCACAGAAUCGUGGAAAUUGGAUUGCAACUAAUAUUUAUCCUAAAAUAGAUAAAGAAUUACCUAUAUUAACUAAUACACAUUUAUCACCAACUGAUCAUGAUUUGAAACAAAGAAUACCUAAUAUAAACAAUACCAUUAAUCGUACACAAUCAUGGGGUGGUGGUUUACGUUAUAAUAAUAAUAAUAAUGUACAUAUAUAUUGUCAACAACAUAAUCAAUCACCAUCCAUGUAUAAAAUACAAAAUUUACCUCAUUUCAAACCAUCACAACUAUCAUCUAUACCAAAAUGUCAAUUAUAUUCUAUUAGUAAUAGUCAAGAACAUUUAUAUCGUAUAAAAAGAUCUGAUACAUAUGUCAGUAUGCCUGAUGUUAAUGGAUUACAUAAUAAUAGUGAAUUAUUAAACAAUCAAUUAACAAAUUAUCAUCAUAGAAUGUUAUGUAAUGCUAAACAAAUUAUUCCUAUCACAUCGACAACAUUAACCAGUGGAGUUGGAUUAAUCAAUAUUGUUACAUGUUCAACAACUUGUACAGGACAAUUAAUUACAUCAUCUAAAGAUUAUCGACCACCACAAGCUAAACGUCCACGUAUUAUCAAUUCGUUCAUAUCAUCCAAUGUUACAUCAAAUAAUGGUAAUAAUAAUAAUAAUAUAGUUAGUAAUGUGAAUAAAUUAUCUAGACAUGCAACUCCUAUACAUAAUGAGAAUAAUUUUAAUAACACAGUAACAUCACAUCUUACUACUACUACGAUUACUAUUACUAAUACUACUACUACUAAUAAUAGUAGUAGUAGUGAUAAGAGUAGUAUUAGUAGUAAUCCUUAUAGUGGCAGUGAACAUUCACAUGUACUUUUAAAUCCUAACUAUCAACACUUACAUCAUCAGCAUCAUCAUUCACAGUCACCACAUCAUCAUCAUCAUCAUCACCAAAUUCUUUAUCCAUCAGUUGGGAUACAGAAUGUUUUAUUGACUGAUGACAAGUUGUCAUGUAAUAAACGAAUUUAUGGUUUAAAUGAUUUUCAAAAAAAUAUGUUAAUGUAUGGAUCGAACACUUCAACAGUUGAUAAUAUUCGUACAAAUAUAGAAAGAUAUAAAUAUCACAAAGAGAAUAAUGAUGACGAUGAAGAAGAAGAAGAAGAAGAGGAUGAAGGAUCCACUGAGGAAAGAGGUGAUUGUGAGAAAACAAAAAAAUCAAGAAGAACGAAUCUUAUCGUAGCUACUGACCAUGUGGAUGAUGAUGAUAACGGAAACGAAACAACUUUGUCCAGGACAGAUUCGAAAAAUAGUUUAGAGUUGUUAAAGGGGGAGGAUGAAACAGAUAUGGAAAACUCAGAAAAUUCACCAGUCAAUAAUUCAACUUCCAUAUCUGAAACAGAUACAUCACAAAAUGCUUGUAGUACACAUGAAGAACCAAUCAAGAUUACAAUUUAUCAAUCUGAACCUUACGGACAUCGAACUAUUAGCCAUUCAUCAUUAUCACCGACGAAAUCAAUUUCUCCACAUUCUUCUCCAAAGCAUCAACAACAACAUCAUCAUCGUCAUCAUCAUCAUCAAUAUAAACCAAAAUAUGUAACUGAUAAAGACAAAAGUAGUCAUUUACAAAUUAGAUCAGAUGAUCAAAAUGUUUCUGAGACAUCAUCUGAUUUAAUCUAUGAAUAUGAAGCCUAA